CCCGGUCCUCCCGGCCCCGCUCCAAAUGAACACCGGCCCCUUGCUGCUGAAAUGGCCGCUAAAAAGUCCGGAACCCGGCUGGAGAUCGAGAUCGAGCGCUGCCGGAACGAGUGUCUGUGGGAGAAGAUCCCGGAGCUCGUCAAGGCAACUGUCGGCAAAGCUCAUCGGCAACGAUGACCUGGCAGAGCUGCUGCUUGGAGAGUCAAAGCUGGAGCAGUAUGUGAAAGAUAACCCAAUCAAACCAGGGGCCAGUCCUCCAGAUGCCAAGUCAAAGCUGAUUGAAGUGAAGAAGCACCUCAUAGCUGCCCUGGACAGAGGCAAUUUGAAGCAAGAGUUUAUGCAGGAAGCCAACAUGCUUUUGGCCAAGUGUUAUUACGUGGAGGGUGACCACACACGAGCUCUUGCCCUAUACGACAAGAUAAUUCCUGGACAAGAUGCAGUUGGUAGCGGUGCCUGUUUACAGACUCAGAAUCAUUGCCGAAUCCUAUGCUACAAAAGGUCUGUGUCUGGAGAAGCUGUUAUCAUCAGGAUCAUCGCAAAAUGAUCUUCAGCUUGAUCCUGAACAAGAAAUAAUUACAUGUUAUGAGAAAGCUGGUGACAUAGCUCUGCUUUAUUUACAAGAAAUCGAAAAGGUAUUGAACACUAACAUUCAGAACAGAAGUCCGAAGCCUGGUUCGGCAUUCCAAGAACAAGAACUGGGAUUUUUCCUCGAAACAGGACUUCAACGAGCACACGUCAUUUAUUUCAAAAAUGGAAACUUGACACGAGGAGUUACUCGGUUUCGAGAAAUCUUGAGAGCUGUGGAAACGAGGACGACGCAGAAUUUGCGGAUGACAAUUGCCAGGCAGCUGGCAGAGAUACUCUUGCGAGGAAUGUGUGAACAGAGUUACUGGAAUCCACUGGAAGAUCCCCCACAGCGUUCACUGCUGGACGACUCUCUCUACACAGGCUCCUACACCAAGAACUAUGCACUGAGCCGGAGACCAAAAGUGUACACUGGAGACAGCAUUUUCUGUCCUCAAGAAAACACAGAAGAAGCUCUUUUGCUGUUGCUCAUUAGUGAGUCUAUGGCUAACAGGGAUGCAGUGCUGAGCCGGAUCCCAGAACACAACAGUGAUCGGGUUAUCAGUUUGCAGAGUGCCUCCAUUGUCUAUGAUCUGCUCACCAUAGCACUGGGAAGACGGGGACAGUACGAAAUGCUGUCAGAGUGCUUGGAACGAGCAAUGAAGUUUACGUUUGAGGAGUUUCACCUUUGGUACCAGUUUGCAUUGUCUCUGAUGGCUGCUGGCAAGUCUGCCCGGGCAGUGAGAGUACUGCGAGAAUGUAUAAGACUCAAACCAGAUGAUCCCACAAUCCCGCUCCUUGCUACCAAGUUGUGCAUCGGAUCUCUUCACUGGUUGGGAGAGGCCAAGCAGUUUGCUGAAAUGGUGACCGAGAUCAAUGAAAAACCUGAGUUUCGAGCUAAAGGCUUCUUGGCUCUCGGCUUAACUUAUAGUCUCCAGGCCACAGAUGCAACAUUGAAAGGAAUGCAAGAGGACCUCCAGAAAAAAGCACUGCGAGCAUUUCAGAGAGCCUACGGGUUAUCUCCAACUGACCACCUGGCUGCGUACUACCUGGCUCUUCAACUUGCCAUAUCAAGGCAGAUCCCAGAAGCAUUAGGUUACGUCCGACAAGCCUUGCAGCUGCAGGGAGAUGAUGUGAACUCUCUGCACCUACUGGCGUUGCUGCUCUCAGCCCAGAAGCACUACCAUGAUGCUGUAAACAUCAUUGACAUGGCACUAAGUGAAUACCCUGAACACUUCGUAUUGCUGUUCACUAAAGUAAAGCUGGAAUCAGUGUGCAGGGGCCCCGAUGAAGCUCUGCUCACCUGCAAGCACAUGCUUCAGAUCUGGAAGUCGUGCUACAAGCUCACAAACCCCAGUGACUCCGGGAGAGGGAGCAGCCUUCUGGACAGAGUUAUAGCAGACCGGCGGAACCUGAACACCAUCACUCUGCCCGAUUUCAGUGAUCCCGAGACAGGUUCAGUGCACGCCACAUCGAUCGCGGCUUCGAGAGUGGAGCAAGCACUGUCAGAGGUGGCCUCGUCUCUGCAGAGCAGCAUGCCCAAGCAGGGGCCGAUGCACCCCUGGAUGACCCUGGCCCAGAUCUGGUUGCACGCAGCUGAAGUAUAUGUUGGAGUUGGAAAACCGACCGAAGCCACAGCAUGCAUCCAGGAGGCAGCUAACCUCUUCCCCACAUCGCACAAUGUCUUGUUUAUGCGUGGCCAAGUGGCAGAACUCAGAGGGAAUAUCGAUGAAGCCAAGCGCUGUUACGAAGAGGCUCUGUCCAUCAGUCCCACUCACGUCAAGACAAUGCAAAGGCUGGGGCUUAUCCUUCAGCAGCUGGGUCGCUACAGUCUGGCCGAGAAGAUCCUCCGCGACGCCGUGCAAGUCAACUCCACCGCGCACGAGGUGUGGAACAACCUGGGGGAGGUGCUUCAAGCCCAGGGCAGCGACGACGCAGCCACCGAGUGUUUCCUCACCGCGCUGGAGCUGGAGGCCAGCAGCCCCAUCGUGCCUUUCACCGUCCUCCCCAGGGUGCUCUGAGGCAGAGCGCCGAGUCUGAGAGGGUUCCCUCGUGGUCCCAAAGAACCAGGGCAGUCUGUGGGAAUGCCACUCACUGAACUCCUACAGUCUCUCCCUCAGGUCAGCUGUGUCAUUGUGCUGCUGUGUUUCCCUAUGAGCCGAAGCACCCUAUGGAUCGACUUAUUCAACGCCUCCCUCCUAUCAAACCCUUGCCAUUUCUAAAUCUUCCACAUCUCACCCACACCCCUUUCCCUCCAACCCUGCCAAAACUGGGGUCCAAGGAAAAGCAGGAAUCCUGCCUUCCAGCACAUCAUUCCCAGCUCCAGUCAUCGGGAAGUUGCUGCACUUAAAUUAAGGGCAGUUUUGUCAAUAAAAGCUCCCCAUGCCACCUUAUUACAGUUCCCCCGUGCUGUAGGUGCACCCCAAUUUACACAUUUGUUAAAUUGUUUCCAAUAGGUCUCUGCUGAGUUUUGCACCCACACCAUAAACCAAAAUGAACCUUGGAAAGAAGUCAGUCUCUGCAUAUGGGUCAUAUAAAGAUAUAUAUGUAUUUAUGUACAGUAGUGUAUGUAUAUUCUAUUUGUAUAUUAGAUGUUUAUUCAUGAAGAGAUGGCCAGUAGCUGAUGUAACUCCAAAUUACUGAACUCUAUGUGUAGAACUAUGCACCCCAUUGUGGACUGGUUUUUGCACCUUGUGUCAGAAUACUGCCUUUUCACCUUUGAACCAACUAUGGGACCAACUAGUGCACAGCUACUAAUGAAUGAAGCAAUAGAGUUCUGAUCUUUAAAGCCCCUCGCAGAUUAAUUGUCAAUUACUUCUCAUACAAUUAACUGUAAACUGAGAGACGCAUCCUUAGCUAAUUCAGUACAGUGGAUAUUUGAUGGGGUGUCCCCAGGAUUGUGACUUAUCACUUGCUGGGAGCUUAUCAUUUCCUGGGAACCUACACAAUCCUAUAUUACUACAGUGACAACACUUCUAACAAACAUCACCAAGCUUGGAAUGCCUCGGGAUAUCCUGAAUGCCUCAAUAAAACACCUCACUUUCUUCUGCCUCUCCUCUGUUUGCCUCUCUCUCAUAUACUGCAGGUUAACUAGACAGCAGGCACUGUGGCAAGCUGUUCUAAAUGUUGUCCCUCAGCAUCUGGAGAAAGAGCAAGUGGUUUUUGAUCCUUUUGUCUGAUCUAAAGCAGGGUAACUUCACCAACUCCCAAGCCGAUCAGCCCAGCCAAGUGGCUGUGUGAACUCGGCACAGACUCUGGCCUGGCACUUGCUUCUUGCCUGAUGUGUGUGAGUCCAAGGUAGCGCGUCCUGCAGAGCGCCAGACACAAUCAGCCUUUAUACAUAUCACAGGCUCUGUUUAUGUGGAUGACCACUGCUAUGUUGGGCUGUGCAGGGGCAGGGUGCAGGUUUAAUCCCCAGCUCAGCUGAAGUUGGAAGGAAACUCUGAACCCAUCUCCUGCUCUUUCCAGAGGAGUUGCCCAGAUCUCAGGGUCACCGUGGGGUUGCCGAUGGAACCAGAGAAGGUCCUGGCCCUCUUCUUCCAAGGGCUGGCUUUGGCCACACCAUCUGAAGUGACGUGUAAGUCCGUGUUCACAGCAGGCUCACACUCCCACAGACCUCCAUCAAUGCUGCAACCCACACUCCAGGGAUCAUCCGGUAAACCCUGCCGCAUUCCCAGCAGACACUGCAGCAGAUUCCGAGGAAUUCCCAAUGGGAGUCAUGGUGUGAUCUGGGUAUCACCAGGUAAACUGAGCAAACCCUAAUCCUGCCUCCCCAAGCCCUGUAGGCACACACGCCCACAAAUGCCCAAUAACCACAGCAUUGUUCCCAGAAACAUGGGGCAGCUCGGAGUGCCGUCUCUUCCCACUGAGCCUGGUUGUACAGGUGGGGAGGGAGUUACACCGGGGAGGGAACAAACGUUCUGUGAGGGCGUCGUCAACCUUGCACCCUCUUUCAUUGUACGGAUUAUCCCCCUGUGUAGACUUACCCCUUACCCCCAGCCCCAUCACCCUGAGCCCCCAGCCCCAUCACCCCUCACCUCCAGCCCCAUCACCCCUCAUCCCCAGCCCCAUCACCCCUCACCCCCAGCCCCAUCACCCCUCACCUCCAGCCCCAUCACCCCUUACCCCCAGCCCCAUCACCCCGAGCCCCAUCAGCCCUCACCCCCAGCCCCAUCACCUCACACACCGAGCCCCAUCACCUCUCACCCCCAGCCCCCCAGCCCCAUCACCCCUCACCUCCAGCCCCAUCACCCCUCACCCCCAGCCCCAUCACCCCUCACCUCCAGCCCCAUCACCACUCGUCCCCAGCCCCAUCACCCCUUCACCCUGUUCCAUCAACCCCAGCCUCACCCCCAGCCCCAUCACCCCUCACCCUAUCCCAUCACCCCCAGCCCCAUCUCACCCCCAGCCCCAUCACCCCUCACCCUAUCCCAUCACCCCCAGCCCCAUCUCACCCCCAGCCCCAUCACCCCUCACCUCCAGCCCCAUCACCUCUCACCCCGACCCCAUCACCCCUCACCCCAGCCCCCCAGCCCUCUCAC